GGGAAGGUUCAAGUAUGAUUAGAACAGGCAUCAACGGUCUUUACCGCGUCACAAGGAAAUACAGUACACUUGGGGAAUUGCUUGCAGUAAGCAGAAAACCGUCUAAUGUAUCUAGUCAACAACGUAUAUCUCGCCCAGCCAUUCCACUGCAGAUUACCAAGCCGACCAUAAGCACUCCUCCGCCUAAACCAGCACCCUUGAACCGACCCAAAAGAGACGAAGAGAUUGAUUCAAACUAUAUCACCUUUGUAGAUGCAGAGGGACAGGUGCACAACCGACAGCGUCUAAGUCAGGUGUUGACAAGCUUUGAUCGUUCACAAUAUUUCUUGGUCCAAGUCGACCCUUUAGCUAAACCUCCAGUGUGCAGAUUGUUUGAUAAGAAGGCUCUAUUUGAAAAAGAAAAAUCCAAAAAGAGAGGCAAACAGACAUCACCGGAAUCUGUUACAAAGGAAAUCAUGUUUGGUUGGAACGUCAGUCCGCAUGAUAUGGAUCAUAAAUUAAACAAGGCAUGUCAAUUCUUGGAAAAGGGGAAUAAAGUGAAGAUUGAAAUAAAUCAUAAAAAGGGACAGAAUAGAAUUACCAAAGAUGCCCAACAGGAAGUAAUUCAAUCUGUCAUAGAUGCGCUAAACAGUUAUAAAUUAGUAAAGAAACCCGUGUUGAAUGGACACACGUGUAUAAUGCAAUUUGAAAGAAAGUAAAACGUAUUUAUUAUUCCCCAUCUCAUUCAUUCUUGUACAAAUAAAAUGUCAUAAAUCAAACUGUCA